UCCCGGGCUCCUCUCCUCUUGGCGCCUUCAAAGACAGCAGCCCUGACAGGGCCACCUGCCUGCGCCCUUACUGUGCAAACCCCCCGCGCCGCGGAGCUCUGCCUUGGCCAGCACUGGCUGGGAUGCUAAGGAACCACCAAGACUUGCACGAGUUGCCAUGGGAGUGCGAGGCCGGGCCGUCUCCUCCCACCACGUGCGCUAGCUUAGCCCGGCCUUCCCUCCCCUGACAAUGGGCGUCUCCGCGGGGGUUCUCCCUGUCGGCUCCUAGCAUCCCUCCUCCGCCUCUCCCGCCUGAGCUCAUCCUCCGCGAAGCUAAGCGUGGGCGUGGGUACGCUCCCAGAAACAGUUGCCUUCGCGGUGACUGCGGCCGAAGCGCUGGGCUGGCGCACCGAACUCCAAGGAAGUUCCCGGGCUCCCGGAGCGCCGCACUCUCAGGCCGCUGGCCCCACAGCUCCUGCGAGGGGGCUCCGGCAGGCCGCUGGUGGCGGCGGCGUGGCGGUCUGAGCGACCCGGGGGGCGCAAAGGCGGCGCUCCAGGCGGAGCUCGGAAACUGGGGGCUGGGGCAGCGGCGCCCGCCCGGGACUCCCGCGUGAGGAUGGCGGCUGCAGGGUCCCGGCCCCACCUGAUUUUGCCAGCGCCCGCGGUCAGGCACUUGCCCCAAGCUGCCGCCUCGGCGCUAUGGACUCCAGGCCUCCGGCGGAACCCGGACGGCUACACUUUCAUGCAGAUAGCGCAGACUGUCCCGCUGCAGGUGGACAUGGCCAUGGCCCUGCAGCGCGUGAGAAUUGAGGAGAAGUAUGGCAAGAGCUAUCUCUGUCUCCUGCAAGCGGUCUUCGUCGCAGAAACAGAGCUGCUCCUCCGUGUAAAGGACAUCAGUCAUUUCUUAAUGCAAGACAUCGCCUUCCUGUCUGGUCCUUAUGGAAAUGGGCCAAGGGAAGUCUCACCUGCAACUCCUGGGACCCGAGCUUCCCCAUGGUACCCAUCUAGUCGAGGUACAGCUGGAGGAGGUGGCCGGGGAAAGGACAAUGCUUGGAUCAUUACAUUUCCAGAAAACUGUAAUUUUAGAUGUAUACCAGAGGAAGUAAUAGCAAAAGUCCUCACUUACCUGACAUCUAUUGCAAGGCAAAAUGGGUCUGAUUCCCGGUUUACCAUUAUUUUGGAUCGAAGAUUGGAUACAUGGUCCUCUCUUAAGAUAUCUCUCCAAAAAAUCUCUGCUUCUUUCCCUGGGAACUUGCACUUAGUUUUGGUUUUACGUCCUACCAGUUUUCUUCAACGAACUUUCACAGACAUUGGAUUUCGAUUUAGUCAGGAGGAUUUCAUGCUCAAAUUACCAGUUGUUAUGCUGAGCUCAGUUAGUGAUUUGCUGGCAUACAUUGAUGACAAGCAGUUAACCCCUGAGUUAGGCGGCACCUUGCAGUACUGCCACAGUGAAUGGAUCAUCUUCAGAAAUGCUAUAGAAAAUUUUGCCCUCACAGUGAAAGAAAUGGCUCAGAUGUUACAGUCCUUUGGAACUGAACUCGCUGAGACAGAACUACCAGAUGAUAUUCCUUCAAUAGAAGAAAUCCUGGCAAUUCGUGCCGAAAGGUAUCAUUUAUUGAAGAAUGAUAUUACAGCUGUAACCAAAGAAGGAAAAAUUCUUCUAACAAAUCUGGAAGUGCCUGACACUGGAGAAGCUGUCAGUUCGAGUAUUGAACGUCAUCAGCAAAUAAAUGGUGACUGGCAAACUAUUAAUAAAUUGCUGGCUCAAGUGCAUGACAUGGAAACAGCUUUUGAUGGAUUUUGGGAAAAACACCAAUUAAAAAUGGAGCAGUAUCUGCAACUGUGGAAGUUUGAGCAAGAUUUUCAAGAGCUUGUCACUGAAGUUGAACUUCUAUUAAAUCAGCAAGCUGAGCUGGAUGAUGUAACAGGGAAUAUAGCUCAAGUAAAACAAAAAAUUAAAAAAUUGGAAAACUUAGAUGAAAAGUCUCAGGAUCUAUUAACAAAGGCCCGAUUUGUGAUAUUACAUGGACACAGGCUUGCAGCAAAUCACCAUUAUGCACUUGAUUUAAUCUGCCAGAGAUGCAAUGAGCUACGUUACCUUUCUGAUAUUUUGGUUAAUGAGAUCAAGGCAAAACGGAUUCAGCUUAGCAGGACCUUCAAAAUGCAUAAACUCCUACAGCAGGCUCGUCAGUGCUGUGAUGAAGGGGAAUGUCUUUUAGCUAAUCAGGAAAUGGAUAAGUUUCAGUCUAAAGAAGAUGCACAGAAAGCCCUUCAAGACAUUGAAAAUUUUCUUGAAAUGGCUCUACCUUUUAUCAAUUAUGAUGCUGAAACCCUGCAGUAUGAAUUUGAUGUAAUGUUAUCUCCUGAACUCAAGGUUCAAAUGCAGACUGUCCAACUCAAGCUUGAAAAUAUUAGAACUAUAUUUGAGAAUCAGCAGGCUGGUUUCAGGAACCUGAGAGAUAAGCAUGUGAGGCCAAUCCAAUUUGUGGUACCUGCCUCUGAAAAUUUGAUCAGAGCUAGAGCACCAUUUUUUCCAACUAAACAUGUGGGAAUUGGAUACUCUUUCUUUCAAGCAUGUAAGCUUUUUUCAAAAGGGAAGAAGACUUGGAGACAAAAUCAGAGCAACUUAAAGAUUGAAGUAGUCCAUGAUUGUCAGGAGAAGAGAAGUUCUGCUCAACCUUCCAGUUUGGACAAUGACAAUAGCUUGGAUGUUUUAAAGAACCACGUCCUAAAUGAGCUGAUACAGACUGAGAGAGUGUAUGUUCGAGAGCUGUUUACUGUGCUGUUGGGCUAUCGAGCGGAGAUGGAUAAUCCAGAGAUGUUUGAUCUUAUGCCACCUGUCCUGAGAAAUAAAAAAGAUGUUCUCUUUGGAAAUAUGGCAGAAAUAUAUGAAUUCCAUAACAACAUUUUCAUGAGCAGCCUGGAAAAUUGCUCUGAUGCUCCAGAAAGAGUGGGACCUUGCUUCCUGGAAAGGAAGGAUGAUUUUCAGAUAUAUGCAAAAUACUGUCAGAAUAAGCCCAGAUCAGAGAUAAUUUGGAAGAAGUAUUCAGAAUGUGCCUUUUUCCAGGAAUGUCAGAGAAAAUUAAAACACAGACUUGGUCUGGAUUCCUAUUUGCUCAAGCCAGUACAGCGAAUCACUAAAUAUCAGUUACUCUUAAAGGAACUAUUAAAAUAUAGCAAGGACUGUGAAGGAUCUACUCAAUUAAAGGAGGCCCUUGACACAAUGCUGGAUUUACUGAAGUCAGUUAAUGACUCCAUGCAUCAGAUUGCAAUAAAUGGCUACAUUGGAAACUUAAAUGAGCUUGGCAAGAUGAUAAUGCAUGGUGGAUUCAGUGUCUGGAUAGGGCACAAGAAAGGUGCUACAAAAAUGAAGGAUUUUGCUAGAUUCAAACCAAUGCAGCGACACCUCUUCUUGUAUGAGAAAGCUGUUGUUUUCUGCAAAAGGCGCACUGAAUCUGGAGAAGGCUCUGAUAGAUACCCAUCAUAUAGUUUUAAGCAUUGUUUGAAAAUGGAUGAAGUUGGAAUCACAGAAUAUGUAAAAGGUGACAACCGCAAGUUUGAAAUCUGGUAUGGUGGGAAGGAAGAAGUUUAUAUUAUACAGGCUCCGAAUGUAGAUGUGAAGAUGUCAUGGUUAAAAGAAAUAAGAAAUAUUUUGUUGAAGCAACAGGAACUUAUGACAGUUAAAAAACGGAAGCAACAAGAACCGAUUACAGAACAGGAACGGCUUUCUCCUCAGCAGAGUGAUGAAAAGCAACAGGGAGCUUUUCUAAGUAUCCAGGAAACUGAAUCGGAACAACCCAGUGCUAUGGUGGCGGUCAGUGAGGCAGUUGUGUCAGUUCAGGCAGAAGCAAAUGCAGUUUGGACUGAGAUGUCACAAUCUGCAGGAAUCUCUGAAGAGCCUGAGGAAUGGUCAAGCAACUAUUUCUACUCUACUUAUGAUGACCAUGAAGAAGAAGAUAGGCCCCUAAUGAGACCCGUGUCAGAGAUGGCUCUCCUAUUUUGAUGAAGCUGCCAUGUCAAAUAGCAAGUAGCUCUUUCCUGCCCGCUCCUCAGCUCAUUUGGAAAAAAUACUGCUCAAAAGACAUUCAGCCCAAAUGAUGUGGAUAUUGUUUUCAGGUUGAUUCCUUUGGACAUGCAAAGAAUCAACAGCACAUAACUAUUUCCUUACUUUCAUUUACAACAUUUUAAUUAUGAUACUCUUUAUUUCUAAAAUCAUGCAUUUCAACAUGUAAAAUAUUGUGCUGCAAAAAUUCUCAUCUCAGAAUACUUUUGGACUUGAAAAAUCACUUCUUCUCUAUCUACUUUGUAACCAAAUGCAAUCAGUGUGCCUUGGAUUAUUUAGCUUAUUAUGAACUAAGUUAAAAUUAUGGCUGCAAAAUGAUUACAGUCAAGUGAAGCACAACAUUAUGAUUUAAUAUGCUUUUAUUGAACCUAGAGCUUUGGUGCCUCUUACUUUAACCUGUGCAAAAUGAUAGAGUUCAUAAAUCCUUUGGGGGGUGUUAGUAAAUUUUGUUCAGGGCUAUUGCCUUUUGUAUGUGCCAAGAUAAAAUUUUCCUGACAGUAGUUUACAAAUAAUUGUAUUUAAAAUUUAAUAUUUUCAUGCUUGUUUUCUUUUCUGGGUUUAUGCUUAUAAUUCAUGUAACAAAUUAGUUGUGCUCUAUUAUUUUCUGUACAUUUCACGCUGUAAUUCUUUUUCCAAAUAAAAAAGAAUUCUUCAGGUUAUAUAAA